UUUUUGCAGUACAGUACGGAAAAAAACACACACUGAAACUUUUUAGUCCCUGUGUAAUAAGUUAAAAAAAUAGCUAAUGAAAAAUGACUUUAAACAAUGAAAAAGCCAUUAUUAAAACUCUUAACUUGGGUGAUUCAAUAGAUGAAAUUGAGAAUGAUCAGUUUUUAAGUUCUGAUGAAGAUGCAGAUGACUCAGAACUUCUUUAUUGGAAAUCAUGCGCAAAUUAUAUUGAAGAUCUUCCGUGGUUUCAUGGGGACAUGACUCGGAAUACAUCAGAAGCUCUUUUACUUGCGAACGGUGUAGAAGGAACUUAUUUGGUUAGAAACAGCGCGUCUGAUCCUGGAAGCUAUACUGUGUCUGUAAGAUGUCAGAGUUCUAUCAAACAUUACAGUCUACGUCAUAACGUUCAUGACAAUACAUAUACUUUUGGAAGAGGAUUUUAUGAUUCAUACAAUGACCUAAUAGAUCAUUUUGAGUGUAAACCAGUUUUAACUGGAGAAACUGGUGAACCGGUAAUAUUUCGAUAUCCAUAUAUCAAAGAUGUCCCCGAGCCAUCCAGCUAUGAAAAAGUGUUACGCCAUGCCGAAGAAGGUAAAGAAGAAAUAAAUUACACCAUCAAUAUACAGGAAUUGACUGAUUACCAUAUUGCAUCGAAAGAAGGUUAUUUGAUAAAAAGAGGCGCUUUACACAAAAAUUGGAAAAAGCGAUGGUUUGUUUUACACAAAAACAUAUUGCGUUAUUACGCAAAUAAAGACGAUACCAAUCCCAUUCGAAUGAUAGAUAUACGACAUGCGUAUAUUGCUGUUGAAACAGAAUGUGAUAACAGACGAUGCAUUAGUUUAGUACUUCCGUUUCGAACAUUCUAUUUUCAUGCACCCACGUGGCACGAUUCUUUAAGUUGGUUUGACAUAUUGCAAUGGAAAAUUAAUUAUUAUAAGAAGCGGAUGAAUAUUGAACGAGAGAAUACGAUGAACCGAGAAGCACGUGAUCCUGAAAGUUUUGUUCGUGUUUAAAAAAAAGAAGAAAAUAAAAAGUAACUUUUUCUACUUCAGUAAAUUUUUUUUUAGAAUUUUUUAACUAGUUUAUAAAUAUAAGACUGUUAGAGGAACUUAGUCCCUCUCACACUCGCUAGAGACUUUUAAAACUUUAAAUAAUCCCUUUUUUUAAUAAUAUAAUUUUUUGUAAAUAAUUUUUAAUUGUAAAUGGAUAGUAUUUAAGAAUAGUAUAUUUUUUUCCCUCUUUCUGGAAUUAAUGAUUAUUUGAAGAAUUUUCAAGAAACUAGGCAAUAAACUAAAUACAAGAUCCAAGA